GGGCGCUUCCGCUGCGGGCGGUGGGGAGUCGCGUCAGGCCGCAGCGGAGGGUAGGUCUUUGCGGGACGCGUGGGGUGCCGUUCCCUGGAGCCUUCGGAUUGCUUUCCCUGCGUGGGGGCAGGCGGUGGGGCAAUAGGGGCACCUACCGCCGUAGCGUCCGGCCCGCAGAGUCGGCCUCUUUGUCGGGGCGCUGCUUUUGGGCUUCCUUCUAGAACUGUGUGAUGAGGUCCUCAUGGAAGUGGAAAGCAAUUUUAGCCUCAGCCAGGACUCCCUGUCCAGUCUCACGGCGGAGGACGUGCUCGUUCACUCUACUAGUGUCCACAGGGAGAAACCCAUCGGUCCUGCGGCGGGAGCUGGUGACCGUGUGAAAAAAGUGACGAUCGCUGUCAAGAAGGUUUGUGAAGCGGCUUUUCCCUGUCGGGGAGCUGAUGCGGUUUUGGCUGGAGGCGAAACACGCUGCGUUCCUUCAGCCUUGACAGCCAACGAGGCUCCGUGCGGGGGCGUAACCACCCGUACCUCCGGCACCCCCGGCAGCGCCGCGCCAGGAGUCCUGAGUACUAAAGGACAUACAGAAUGCCUGCUUUCAGUAGGAAAGUCUACAGAGCCCGUGUUUUUAUCACAAAUGGAUCCUAGAGAAGCUACAGUACAAGAAGAUCCUUCACUGCUACUGGAAGACAGCAGCAGACUUAAAGAUGAUGUUUUUAUUUCUCAAUAUGCUACCAGACAGAAAGAGGCUUUGAAAGCAGUAUUAAAGCAAAAAGCUCAAAAUGCUCCUGUACUUAAGGAGGUGAAGGUACAACUCUUAGGAAAUGCCUCCACAGAAAAAAAGGAAAGUUCUGGUCAUGAGACCAGGUCAGCAUACAGGGAAGUUGAUUCUGCAACAACCAUCGCAGCAGCAACUGCUGCUGCAAUUGCUACUACAGCUCCGCUUCUUAAAGUUCAAAAUGAAUUGGAAGUUAAAGUUAACUCAGUUUCAGAAUUACUUCAUAAACUACAGGAGACAGACAGACAAUUGCAGCGUGUUGCUGAACAGCAAACAAAUACAAAGACUCGAUGUGAGAAGCCCCACUGUGAUGAAGGGCUCAGUGAGCUUGCAAAACAAAUGAAUGUUUUCAUGGUACAACGGAUUCAACAUUUGGAAAAGUUACAGGAGCAACAAAUGAAUAUUCAGUCUCAUCUCAUUAGCUCUGCAGUCAACAUGGGUGGCUUACCGCAAAUUCAGCUACCUUCUUCCAGUCUCAUGACAAAACAGUCUGGGAAGCCAGAACAGCAAUUUCUUACUAGCGAAAUGUCUUCAUGUCAGGGGAGUUUAUUUCCUACCAGUGGUCCACCUGCCCAAGAGUAUUCAAGCCAAUUUCAAAGGCAUGGCAUUCAUACACAAAAAUCUCCCCUAAAGACACCAGUUCCUCGGAGAUAUGCUCCAGAACCUGUAUCAAAAAAUGUGAAAAUCUCAAAGAAAGAAAACUCUGUAACAGAAAAAGAAAAUAUUCCCAAAUCCAGGCGUGAAGGUGAAGGGAGGUUUCUUGAGCAUAUUCUGAAUUCUCAAGAAAUGCCACUGAGGCAAACAGAGUUUUCCGAGAGGACAACAUUAAAUAGUAAUAAAAGGAGCUGGCAUUCUGAGAGAGACAGGCAUACUGCUUUGCAUACAGACUCACUCCCAACUUUUGAAAGCUCCUUCCAAAACUGCAAUUCAGUUGAGAAAACAGUGAAGAAAGCAGAUGAUUUACUUCAAGAUCUUGGCCAGUUGAGAAGAGAAAUGCAUGAUGUGCUACAGUCAAAAAAACCUACUGUUGCCUCUAAUCUUCCUGAACAUCAUCAGCUCAAUAAACCAUUCAUUCUUCAAAAUGUUAAAGUGCCAAAAUCUAUUCUGAGGAAUGCUGAAAGGAUUUUGAGAGGAGUUCAAAACAAUAAAAAAGUUCUUGAAGACAAUUUGGAAGCUGUUAUUCGUGCAAAAGAUGGGGAUGCCAUGUAUACUUUUAUUAACGUCUUGACUACAAACAGAGACGUAUUGGAAGAGAUUCGUAUCAGAAAGACUGUGGAUAAGUGGAUUAAGGCAAUGAGUAUAGAAAUCCAGGCUGAAAUGACAAGAAAUGAUUCGAAACAAGGGAAAUAUCAUCAAAAGGUCCCAUGGAUCAACAGAACGCAGAACAUCAAGACUAUGAAAACCAAUAAAGAAAUUAAAGCAAAAACUCAAAAAAUCCAAGGAUGCUCGACAAAGAAUCCUUUAUCUGCAGCUAAGCCAUUGCAGAGGCAAGGAGAAGAUAACAUGAGCAAACAGAUGUUUAGAACUUACUUUUCUUCUGAAAGUUUGCAGAGGAAAGAAAAAAGGGCAGCUGGACCUGUGAAUGGAAGUGCAAUGAUACAAAAUGAAGACUAUCUGUAUCAAGUUUAUGGGAAACCAAUUUACCAGGGCCAUCGUAGCACACUUAAAAAAGCACCAUAUCUGAGAUUCAGCUCUCCCUCUCCCAAAUCUAAACCUCAAAGACCCAAGGUGAUAGAGUGUGUUAGAGGUACAAAGGUAAAGUCAGCAAGAACACAGACUUGUUCUCGCACACAGAAGGUUGUAACCAGCCUGAGGAAACAGCAUCCUUUAUGUGCACUUGCCCAAGAAAAUCAGUAUCUCUUUAGUCCAAGUAGAGAUGUGCCUGCUGUUUGCGGUCCACUUGAAGGUCACCUAAUUCCUAUGGCUAUUCCGCUAGGUCAAACCCGAAUUAACGAUAUCUCACUGCAGCCUGCUGGAGUAGUUAUAGGUAAACCGCACCCUGUUACAGUUACAACCUCUCUUCCUCAAGUGUCACCAAAACUACCGGUUGAGAUAAAAAAACCAAACAUAGCUGUAAUAGAGAUGAGAUCAGAGAAGAAGAAUGCACCUCAACUGUCUGUGCAGGUGUUACCAAAUGUAGAUAUUGACAGUAUUUCAAGUGACAGUGUGAGUGUAAACCAUGUUCUUCCAGGCUCUGAACCUGUACUGCCUCCUGUCAAUGCUGUAAUACAGACUCCAGACGAUGUACACUGUGAGGAGGAAGGCGGAAAGUUGCCAGGAACUAAUUUCAUUGAUGCUACUGAUGUCAUGCAGGAUCAGGAAGAGGAGGGGGAUGAAAUUCCAGAAUUCUUUGAGCCUCUUCUAGAGCUUAAUGGACAGUUUAAAGUUGCCUUGCCAAAAUACAAUGGUCCUUUGUUUCCUCCAGUGGCUUCUGCUCCUCAGCAGUCUUCUGAUGUUUUGGAUGAACUGAUUGAAAGGAGAGAAACUACAGAAAACAGGUUGAUAAAUUGGGUGGAACAAGAAAUAAUGUCAAAAAUUAUCAGUGGGAUGUACACAGCUCAGAAAGAAACACUGCCCAAUGCUAGCACCUCAGAGAGUGAAGACAGUGAGACUGCAACAUCUAACAUUGUUGAAGUUGCAGGUGGUGGAGGAUUUCAACUCUUUAUCAAUGCUGGUGUGCCUGUGGACUCGGAAAUGAUAAGUCAUUUUGUAAAUGAAGUGCUCAGUGAGACAAUUGCAACCAUGCUGGGUAACAGGCAGCCUCAGAAAGCCAUUCCUGCUACAAACGUUCUUCCAAGUGCAACAGUUAUGAUGGAGUCUCUUGUGCCUACUCCAUUGCCAACACCCCAGGCCACACCACCACAAACACCACCUUCAGAAAAAGAAUUGCCUCCAGUCAAAACUCCAGAGUCUUCUCUGUCUCUUACAGAAAUGAGUGGGGAUGUUCACGAACAUGAAAAAAUUAAAGAAACAGGAGUUGAGAUUCCAGCUGUCACUAGCUGUGUUGGCACACCUGUGGUUACACCUGUCAAUACGCCUCCUAGCACAACCACACCAAGCCCUCCUGCCUCAGAAUGGGUCUCCAAAGCUGCAAAAGUGGAAAGUACAAAGCCUCCAAACCCAUGGGAUGAUGCAGAGCUUCCUCUGGAAGAAGAGAAACCCAGUCCUUUAACUGAAGAACCAUUCUGUCCCAAGGCUGUUGAGAUGUCAGUGGCUAAUGAUGAAGAACCAGAGGCCUUGAUUUUCCCAUCUCAGCAGUUGUCAGCGAGGCCCUUCGAAUCGCUUCCUUGCAAUCCAGAGGUUCCACCACCUGUACCUACAGUUAGUUCUGGGCAGUCCACACAGGAAAGCAGCCUUAUCCUCACAGAAACAGAAACUGCGGACAGACCCAUCUCAGAAGGGGAGGUACUUUUCAGCUAUGGACAGAUUCUGGCUGCAAGAGCAUUAGCAGAAGGAGGACCGUCUCUUCCAAACCUUGCUGAGAGCUUAGAGAGUACUUUACAAGAUGCCAAUGAAAUGGAUUAUGAUCCUCCCAGUGAAGGGCAAGUAGUGAGAAGACUGGGUAAAGGCUAUCACAGGGAUCCUGUCCUGACUCUUUUAGCCAAAUUAAAUCAAGCACCUGUUGCUGCAAAAGAAGGAAGGUACCAUUUGGAGGAUUCUGAUGAUAGUGUUGGGGAGCUCAGUGAAGGUCAAAGACCGAGGCUGACCAGAGCAGCAGAGAGAAUCCUAACGCGACAUUCAGUUUAUAUGGACCAUCCAACUGCUCGGACUUCUGAGAACAGACCACACCAGGGUUUCCGUUCUCCAUCACCAGGGCAGCUUGCCCAAACUGGAGCAGAAAUUCUUGGAGAUGCAGAUACAAACUGUGGUCCAAUGUUUAUGUCCGAACUGGAAUUGCAACGUGUUUCAGAUCCUGUUCUGCAAACAGAACUAAGCUGCAGAAUGACAUAUCUCUCAGAGGAUCUGUUCCAGGAGGAAAACCGAGGAGCUGUAGAAGUUGAGACUCUGAGACCCCGAGUUAUUCAUGUGAGAAGGAAGUCUGAAGAGAUGCAACAAGAAGGAGAGGAUGCUGCCUCACAUAUGAAUUCCCAUGUUUCUGCGGCCAAGGUGUCAGUGAAGCUGCCUUCCAUGGACAUAGAUAGUGAAACACAGAGUAUGAGUAGCAUACGUGGCAAUUCAGAUUUUGCAGGGACAGAUACAUUUUAAAGCUCGUGGCUUUUUAUGUCCGUCACUGUCAAAAGAUUUUGUCAUUGGUACAUUUGUCUGCCCACUGUGAUAGCUUGGAUGUUUCAUCAAAAUUCCAGUCUUUCAGUACUAUUUAUUUUCUACUUUUUUUCUUAUAAUUUUGUGAUGAUUAUAAAUUUAGGCAAUGAUUCUGUUUGUGAAUAUAUCAAAUAUUUUUAAGCAAAUAAAAUGCAAUUCUUUCAGAAUCAUGGUGAGUAUUAAAAUCCAUGGCAAAAGUCUGUCUCACUGAUGGAAAAAAAUGCUUGGCUCAGUAUAAUGUCAGUACUGUGAAAAUGUUGAGCCAAAGGGAAAUAUAUUUGAAACCAAAGUUUGCAGGAAAAUUGUGUUUCUAUGUAUCUUCAGAGCUUGUUCAUCCUUAGAAGACUGCUAUCGCAAGUCAGUAAUUCA